GUAGUCUUGCGCAAGUUCACCACGGCGCGCAUCGCCUGCAGGAAACACUACAUAUCCCAUGUGGCCGUGGAAGAAGGCGCUCAACUAGGAGAGUGGCGGACAUUCCUAGCGAUUCUUUGGAACAACCAGCAAGAGCCAGGCAAAGGCGAAAGGGGGCCGACCGACGGGCAUGCGGCAGAGGGGGGAAUGUGCCGCACUUCUCUGCAGGACGCUGAUAGCGGAAGGGAGAGUACAGGCGAGGGUUCCACGGCGAGGGCACGUGCAGAAGCGUAGGCAGCUCAGCGGCAGCAGCAGCAAUAAUAAUACUAUGACCGAGGAGGCAAAAAAGCUGGCCGCCUGGGCUGCAGUAAACAACCACGUACAGACUAAUCAAGUCCUUGGUAUUGGAAGUGGGUCUACAAUUGUUCAUGCUGUACAUAAGUUGGCUGAGAGAGUGAAGCAAGAAAAUCUCAACAUAGUCUGUAUACCGUCAUCUUUUCAGGCACGUCAGUUGAUUCUGCAGAAUGGCUUGACCUUAAGUGACUUGGAUAGACACCCUGAGUUGAAUGUUGCCAUUGAUGGGGCUGAUGAAGUUGACUUGGACCUCAAUCUUAUCAAAGGUGGAGGGGGCUGCCUGACACAGGAGAAGAUAGUUGCUGGCUAUGCAAAAAGCUUCAUAGUUAUUGCUGAUUACAGGAAAAAGUCCAAAAGCCUUGGGGAGCAAUGGAAGAAAGGCAUUCCUAUUGAAGUCAUCCCAAUGGCCUAUGUGCCCAUUACCAGGGCUCUGGCCAAGAAGUUUGGGGGUGUCGCAGAGCUCAGGAUGGCUGUGAAUAAGGCUGGUCCAGUGGUGACAGACAAUGGGAACUUCUUACUGGAUUGGAAAUUUGACAAAGUUCAUAAAUGGGAUGAAGUGAACGUGGCAAUCAAGAUGAUACCAGGAGUGGUGGAAACGGGUCUGUUUAUCAACAUGGCAGAGCGAGUUUACUUUGGCAUGGAAGAUGGCUCUGUGAAUGUCCGUGAGAAGCCAGUCCACUGACUGCCAUUCAGCUCCCCAAAUCUACUCUGCCUUCAGGCUGUUGCAUACAGUUUAUCAUUACGGUGCCAACUUGACGUCUUGCCUUAAAAAGCAUGUCUGUCUGUAUUUUGGUGAAUGAAACGGAAAGUCCAGCAGAUCUCACUAAUACCAAAAGUGAAUGUUAUCUUAAAUCUAUUUUUUAUUUUUUUUCCAUGUAAACCUUUUUUUUAUAAGAUGUGACCAAUCAUUUUGAGCAUUUUGAACUUUCUUCACUUUGGUUUUUUACAAAACAUUUACCAAAAAGGAUAUUUUACACAGUACUUGAACCAUCUGGUUGCUCGGGAUGUCUCUAUUGGGGUGGGGGGAAGAUUGUAACUGCAAUUUGUGGUAGUUGUAUAACCCCCCCCCCCAAAAAAAAAGAUGCACUUAUGCAAAAUGGCCAUGUCCAGGUGGUAUGCACAAAUGCCUUAUUGGAAUCUUUUUGGUUCUGCAAUUUAUGCCUUUCAAUGAUUUUUAUCAUAAUUGUUUUUAAUGGAGAAUGUCUAGUCUUAUUAUAGUGUAGCUGAUAUUUGCAAUUGACCUUCAUAACAAGAAUUGAAUUUGAAGUUCUGCUGGGGACUAGCAACUUUCCGUAGCACCAUAACUGUUCUCAUAUUGCCCUGGUAAUGUCUGAAAGAAGGGGAUCAUGUGCAGUGGGCUGGUAAUACGGUUGCAUCCUGAGCCAGUGCCCUAGCCCACACUGGCAUGGGAUAAACCGUGAUGCCCAUCCCAUGCAAGCAGUGCACAUUGCUUCAAAUGUUCAAAAGUGCCAUGGAAGCAGCCUUGCUGCAGUAUCUCCCAGACUACUGUGAGCAAUGUAUGAAUCGGUCCAAAUUGCUGGUCACUUGCAUUAAUGAUAUUUUCACAGAAUGUUUUAUGUAAAUGUAAAGAACUGAGCCUUUCUGGGAGGACUAUAUUAAUGUAGCAAGAGCUACUUUUAAAAAUGUGUCAUAUUCCAUUCCUUUGCAUGAUACUGGAUCAGAAAUACACAGCUCGUCGUUAAUCUUGUUUAAGGUACUGAAAUAAAGAACCGUAAUGCCAA